AUGCCGCCCCGCGCCCCGCGCCGCGCCGCGCCGCCGCCGCCGCUCCGCUCCGUCUGCGGCGGAGCCGCCUCCCGCCCCCCGGUCCCGGCCCCCGCCCCCCCUGCCCGCCUGCCUCUCGGCCCGGCCGCCCAGAGCUCGCCAUUGGGCCUCACUCCUGGGGUCCCGCGCGCCGACCAUGCUGAUUGGCCGCUGGGGCUUCAUUCACAGCCCCCCUACCUUCCGCGUAUACGCUCACGCCCCGGGGGCGCGGCCGCCACGUGGGGAGUGGCGCGGGGGUGGCACUGGGACCGCACCCCCUCUCGUCCUGGCUGCGUGGGCCCCACUUUCCCCCGGCGCUGGAGACUCCGAGCCCGGCGGGUCCCACGCUCCAAGCUAGCAGAAUUCUCGCCGGUCACCCGCCCGUGUGGCCAGAGGCGGUGGCGGGGAUGGCGGGCUCCGGGAGGCGCUCGGGUUCCGAGAAGCAGCUCAGCCCCGCGCUCCUCCUUCCGCCGUGCCGCUGCCGGCGGGCCGGGAUUCCCGCGGGUCUCGGCGGCUGCGAGCGGCAGGCGGCGCGGGUCCCCGGCUCGGUUGCGGCGCGGCUGCUCACCUCGCCCGCCUCGCCUCCCGCGACUUCCAGCGGGCACGGAGCUCUCCUCUGCGCUCCUCCCUGGCCCGUCUCGUUUUCCCUCUUCACCCUCUAGUCCGCCCAGCGCAACUCCGUCGACCUCCGCCGCCCUGAGAGACCGUCGGGCGCGGGCAGAGUCGGACUGGCCCCGACUUCACGCCUCUCACGGGCUCUCCUCCCGGGCGCCGCGGCCCAGGAUGAAGACAUAUAGGAUCCAAAGAUUUGGUACAUAUGCUCCUGACAGGAGCAGGAAAGAGAAGUGAUGCUUGGAGAGCAGUGAUGAAUCCAGACCUAAUGGCCUCUCUGUGGGCUCCGGGGAUGGGACCACAUCUAAGAAAGAAGACCUUUACCUGGGUCCAGGCCCAUUCCCUGAGGGCAGGUGGGAGAAUGGAGACCUGGCCUAGCUUGUUGGAGAAGUUUCAGAGUUCCUGGGCUAACUGGUCCUGCCAGAGAGGAAAAGUCACAUAAGGUGUUGUUAAUAUAAACACCGUGCCCAGAGCAAAC